AUGCUGACCUUCAGCGACAACAAGGCCGGGAUGUCCGGUCUGGACAAGGAUAAAAUAACCAAAAUAAUAACGGAAAACACUUCGGCUUCUUACUCGAAUUUCUCACAGAAAAAGCAGCAAAAGCUCGAAGAAAGGAUAAAAGAGAUAAAAAGCCGAUUGGAGAGCGCCACGGCUGCUGAGAGGGCCAGUGCACAAAAGAGUGUAAGUAUUCAUUUUUCGAGGGAUUUUUAGAAAAAAAAAUAGAUGGACGAAAUGAUGGAGGAUUUGGAAUCGGAAAGAGAUUUGACGAGGCAUUAUGUAUGUGUGGAUAUGGACGCAUACUUUGCCGCGGUUGAAAUGCGGGACGACCCGAGGCUCAGGACGAUCCCGAUGGCCGUUGGGAGCACUUCGAUGCUGGUUAGUGCUGACUUCCAUGUUGAAAAGUCUGGAAAUUGCAUUUUAAAUCUAGAAAAAUACGUUUUCAGAGCACUUCCAACUAUCUGGCUCGAAAAUUUGGGGUCCGCGCCGCCAUGCCGGGCUUCAUAGCCAAGAAACUUUGCCCCGAACUCGAACUGGUGCCUGGAAAUUAUAAGAAAUAUUCGAAAGUUAGCAGGGUAAAAUAAUGAGAAAAAUUGAUGAAUUGUGCGAGAAAAUUCAGGAAUUCUCCCAAAUUUUUGCCGAAUACGACCCGGAUAUGAGUAUGGGGUCGUUGGAUGAAGCGUAUAUCGAUAUUACCGAAUUUGUGGAGGAAAGAAGGGAACCGAGUUGGUUGUGAAUGUCUUAAAAACAAUUUCAAAUCAUUUAGAAGGCAUUUAAAAUUCUUAAAAGCCUUUAUAACACUUCAAAAAAAGCACACUUUUUGAUAGGAAAUUUCGUCAAAUUACGAUUCAAAUUAUAUAAAUUUUUUAUUUUCUCUGUAUUUUCAACAUCAACCCUGCUGUAGUGAGAGAAAUAAUCAAAAGAAAAGAAAUUUCAAAUGAAAUUUUUCCUGUCAUUUUUACCCACGAAAGCCCGUUAAACACCUAUUUUUCAUAUUUUUCGGUUAUUUUCAACAUUAUCUCGAUAUUUUUUUCAAAAAGCCAAGAUUCAUCCGCCUCAAAAAGCUUGAAAUUUUGUCGAAAUACGUUGUAUACCGUGUAUUUCUAUUCAUGACACUCCGUUUUAUUGUGUCUUUCAUAGGGGCCCAAAAAGUUUUUCUUCUAAUGGUAUCCAGUAGAUUUCACUGAAAAUUUUUUUAUUAAAAGAAAAAGUUCCCAAAAAACGGUAAAGAUUUUUAGUUUUUUUCAUCAAUUUUUUUCUGUAAAUUUUGAAAAAUUUUCGUGAAUUUUUAAACGAAGCUUCUCUCAUCAAAGCGAAUAAAGUUGUUCUUAAGAGGCUAUGAAAUUGAUUUCAUGCUUCUGAAAAUAAAAAUUUUUUAAAUCUUUCACGAAUGAAAUAACUGAAAAACAACACCAAAAAAAAAACACGUUUUUUAAGUUUUUCCGUCAUUUCACGUAUUCCAGAGCUGUCUAAAAACCAGCUUAUAUACGUUUCAAAUCAUAUAUUUUUGGUCAUUUCGUCUUUUUUAUACAGUUGGUCUAAUAUUCUCAUGGAAUUUAUUUUAUGAAAUUGGGUAUAACCAUCAAAAAAAAUGAAACUUUCCAGGGAAAAUCUCGAGGAAACGGUUCGGAGGCGACUGUAUCUGUCGUCUUCCGAUAAUAAAGCCGGAAGAAAUCACAGAAUCCCUAGAAGGUUCGAAAAUCACUGAAAAAUGUGCGAAAUGCCAAAAAGAGCGGAUAAUUUAUGAAGACUUGGUGGAAUUUGGCGUCGGAAGGGCCGAGGUGAGCAGAUUUUGACGUUGAAAAUAUAUUUUUGUAAUUUUCUUUCACUUCAAAAUUCUGUAAAUGGUCAGUUUUCACUAUUUUGUUGAUGGACAAUAAAAAAAGUCAUUGAAAAAUAUUAAAGAUCGUCCGAGAAAUGCGAUUUCGGGUGGAGCAAGCCACGGGCCUCACUUGUAGUGCUGGUUCGUUUGAAAAAUUUCGAUUUUUUUGAGAAAUUCAGAAAAAGUCAUUACCUGUAUGUGAACUUCAGAAACUCGUUCAAAAUAGGAAAAUGUAAAUUUUUUUUUUUGAUUUUUCGUUUUGAAGAUCAAAGUGUAAUGAAAUGAUUAAGUUUUGAGUUAGGAAUAUUUUGUGAUUUUGUUCCAACUCGGGCAAAAUCGGAAGGGUGGAUAAUGGCUCAAAAAAGGCCGAAGAAAGGUAGCAAAAAGGGCCCCUUUAUAGAGCCUUCCAUUUUUUUUUCUUGGGCUUUAAAGGCUCAAGAAAUGGUAGGAAAAGGUAGGCAGCAGAAAAGGAACCUUUUUCCACCCUUUAUGGAGCCUUUUUCAGCCCAUUAUGGACCCUUUUGACUUUGCCUAUGAAUUUUGUUUUUUGUUCAGUUCUUUCGCUGCUUUGCAUAUUUUCAAGCUUUUUAUUUCUGAAAGAUUGAACCCUGAAAAAUUUAAGGUUCCCAAUGUUAAAAAUUCAUAAGAAAAUGUGAGAAAUAACUUGACUUUCUAUCCAUUUUUAAAAGGAUUCCAGUAUUUGAUGGAACUUCAUAGGUAAAGCCAGAAAAAGGCUCCGGAAAUGGUGGAAAAUGGCCCCAUAAGCGGUGGAAAAAGUCUUCAUAAAGGGUUAAAAAUGGCUCCAUAAAGGGUGGAAAAAGGCUCCACAAAGGGUGGAAAAAGGCUCCAUAAAGGGUUAAAAAUGGCUCCAUAGAAAUGUUCCUUUAAGGGUGACAAAGGCUCUUUUUUGCUCCCUUUUUGGGCCAUUUUCUUGGCCCUUUCGCACCGUUUUUGCUGCCUUUUUCCACCAUUUCUUGAGCCUCGAAAAUACCAGAAAAAAGCUCGAUAAAGAGACUUUUUGCUGCCUUUUUUGAGCCUCUCCCUUUUAGCAGCCGUUAUCAUAGGCAAAGUCGGAAGGACCCUCCGAGGGUCCAUAAAGGACCAUAGAAAUGUUCCUUUUAGGGUGAUGAAGGCUCUCUUUUUGCUGCCUUUUUGCUCCAUUUUCUCAGCCCUUAUGCACCAUUUUUGCUGCCUCUCCCUUUCUCCACCAUUUCUCGAGCCUUUAAAAUCCCAGAAAAAUGGAAGGCUCGUUAAAGGGAGUCUCUUUGCUGCCUUUCGCUGCCUUUUUGCUGCCGUUCGCUGCCUUUUUGCUGCCUUUCUGCGGCCUUUUUUGAGCCUCUCCCUUUUAGCAGCCGUUAUCCACCAUUCCUACUUUUCCCGAGUGUUAAAAAAGUCCCAAACUCCCAGGGAUCGCCUCGACCUUCCGAUUAGCCAAAAUCUGCUCGGAUUUCAACAAGCCCAACGGUCAAUUCGAACUUCCCAAUGAUCGCCAAGAAAUCUUGCAUUUUCUCAAAGAUUUACCCAUAAGAAAGGUUCAAAAUUCACUAAAACUUGGGAAAAUCAAUUAAUUAAGGUCUCGGGAAUAGGACGAGUAAGUGAGGCUCACCUACAGGCUUGUGGGAUUUCGACAGUCGGCGAUAUGUUGGAAAAACGGGCCAUUUUUCCGCUCGUUUUCUCCUUGCUUUCUCAGGUUUUCGUGAACUUUUUUGAGGGUUUGAACGGAGAAAGAUUAGAUUUUUAGUUUUUGUGUGGGAUUCUUGGGAUAUUAGGGUAGUUUUUGAGCUUAUUAUUGAUUUUUUUGAAGAAAAAAAUUUUUCAAGAUUCACAAAUUUUUGGCUGAAUUUUUCGAGAUUUUUUUGAGCAAUUUUUAGAGCUUUUUUUAUCGAUUUUAUGAAGGAAAAAAAGUUGAUUUUUACAAAUUUAAGCUGGAUUUUUCGAGAUUUUUGAGCAUUUUUGAGCUUCUAGUUAAUUUUAUAAAGCAAAAAAGUGUAGUUUUAAUCAUUUUUUUGGGUGGAUUCCUUUGUAUUUUAGAGCAAUUUUAGAGCUUUUUAUUGAUUUUAUGAAGGAAAAUAAAUUAAUUUUCAUAAAUUUUGGCUUGAUUUCUUGGUAUUUUUAGAGCAACUUUUUGAGCUUUUUUUAUCGAUUUUAUGAAGAAAAAAAGUUGAGUCUUACAAUUUUUUUGGCUGGAUUUUUUUGGUAUUUUUAGAACAAUUUUUUUGAGCUUCUAGUUAUUUUAUAAAGCAAAAAAAGUGUUAUUUUAAGAAUUUUUGGGUGGAUUUCUUAGGAUUUUUAGAGUCGUUUUUUUGAGCUUCUCAUUGGUUUUAUUAACAAAAAAACUUGCAUGUUCAAAAUUUUUUUGACUGUAUUUUUUUCGUAUUUUUUUAGUAGUUUUCAAGCUUUUUUUAUUGAUUUUUAUGAAGAAAAAAAGUUAAGUUUUACAUAUUUUAGCUGGAUUUCUUGGUUUUUUUAGAACAAUUUUUAGAGCUUUUUUUAUCGAUUUUAUGAAGGAAAAACUUGGAUUUUUCACAAAUUGUGACUAGAUUUCUUCGUAUUUAGAGUUAUUUUCAAGCUUUUUUUAUUAUUCCUUUCCAUAUUUUUCUUGAUAGGAAUCAUUUCUGCGCACCGCCCUUGGCCUGAGAGGUCGCCCUUCUUCUGGAGAUCCCAAGAGGAAAAGCGUCUCCGUUGAAAGGUUUGGUUCAAUUCUUUUUUUGAAAAAAACUAAUCAUAACUAUUUUUUUCUUUCAACGUCAAUUUUUCUUAGAAAAUUCUCAAAUUUCGAAUGAAAUCAUAGUUUUUUUAAAUAAACUAACUGCAAAUUUGAAAAUGGUAAAAAUUCUAAAAAGUUUUUUUAGAAGUUUCAGAAGUUUAGUUGAUGCCCAGCGAAAUAGUUGAUACGUAGUUUUAGAAAACUCAUGAAAUUUUUGAUUUAAAUCAAUUUUUCUGUAUAUGAUUUGGCUGAGCAGCAACUCAAAAUUUGAAAAAAUUCUCAUUUUAUUUAAAUUUCUCUUUGAAAAAUCCUUAAAGGUCAAAGAGAAAAAAACUUUGCUUCGCUGCGUAUCAAAAUCCUACAUGAUUUAACUGAGCAUCAACUCGAAAUUUGAUAUAAUUCCUUGUUUUAAUUGAUUUUUUUCUCAAAAAAAUCCCCCAAAAAAAUCAGAGAGAAGAAUUUAACAUCGCUACGUAUCAAAGAACCACAUGGUUUAACAAAGCAUCAACUCGAAAUUUGAUAGAAUUUCUCAUUUUUUUUCUCAAAAAUCAGCAAAAGGGUGGGCGACGACAAGAUAUCAAUAUUGCGAAAGAAUGUUAAGCUGAGCGCCUGCUCACAAGUUAAAUUAUUGUCUUUAAAGUGCGGUUACAACAGAGCAUAAUGGAAUCCUUCGGCCGGUUUGACGCCGUCGCACCACCCUCGGGGAUCCCCCGAGAAAUUCCCUGUAUAUAUACUCGCUUAGGGCGGUGCGCCCGACCCUCCGCGAGUUUGGAAAGACCAAAAAAAAAGCCGUGUUUGUCUUUCGGCGAUGUCCCUGUGUUUGUCUGGUUGUGUAGCGUUACGAAAUAUUUGUUCAUUUUUUUACCCCCCGGGUGUAUUUUUUUGAUGAAAAUUUGCUGAAGUCUACCUUAGGACCUCCAGGUUGAAGAACAAAGGGUUCGGCUAAGGAAAUCCCCCGUGGGUGAAUUUUUCAUGAGACUUUGCUGAAGUUGACUUUCGGACCUACAGAAUGCUUUAAAAAUGGUUCGGCUAAGGAAAUCCCCCGUGGGUGAAUUUUCAUGAGACUUUGCUGAAGUUGACUUUCGGACCUACAGAAUGCUUUAAAAAUGGUUCGCUUAUGGAAAUUCCCCCUCCCCGCCCCCGGGUGAAAUUUUUCAUGAAACUUUGCUGAAGUUGACUUUCGGACCUCCUGAUUGAACUAUAAAGGGGGGUAAAAACGUUCCCUAGUGAGAUCUUGAGUUGAGACUUUCCAGCUUCUUCUAAAAGCUUCUAACCUUGUUUCUGAAAGAAAGUUCCAUUCCAGAACAUUCGGAGGAACAUCCGACGAGAAUUUGCUCAAGGAUGAGCACCGUCAAAUCUGCGAAUAUUUAUUCAUCGACCUCGGAAAAAAUGGAAUCAGAGGUCUCCUAACCCCCAGAAAAGUCCGAAAAUCCCCAAUUCCAGGCGGAAAAACGAUAACUUUAAAGCUGAAAUUGGCUUCUUUCGACGUUCUUACGAGGUCCCUGACGCCUGGGAAGCUUAUCACUUCUUUGGAAGGUUUUUUUCGAAAAAAAAAAGUUCCAAGAAAUCCCAAAGUUUUCUCCAGAUAUCUACGGUUUUUCGAUGGAGCUCCUGGCCAAGGAGCUGGGACAAGAAAUCCGGUUGAUCGGCGUCAGAUUGUCACAAUUGACGUUUCUGGAUGAGGAGAACCAAGAAGUCGCCAAAAAAACACAGAAAUCGGUGAGAUUUUUGAAAAUGCGGUGGAGCACACUUGCGUUUCGAAAAUAGCCUUGUGUGACUUCUUUGGCUUCGAAAAUUGCUUUUAUCCCACACAAACUCUGUUCAAAAAAAAAUACUCUUUUUUAAAUUCCGGUUACUACUUGUCCAUGGAGCGCAUUUGAGUGCUAACAGAAAGAUACACGUUUUUAAGGUUUUCAGAAUGGCUUAUAUUUCGAGAACCUCUCAAAGCUCCAUUUAGAGUUUUAAAAUCAUUUUUCCAGGUCGUCGAGUUUUGGAACGAAGCCAAGCGAAAACGCCGUGAGCUUGCCGAGUCGGAUGACUUCAGAAUCCUGACGACGUCUUCUGAAAAUCCAACGACGUCCUGCGUAGUGCCGACAACGCAUUAUAUUGCGCCGAUGACCUCUUCAACAGCCCCAUUCGCGUUCUACAAAAUGAAAUCUUCCGGCGACCUCCCGACGUCUUCUAAAAGUCCGAUGACUUUCGGAGCUCGUUCGACGUCUUCAAGAGCGAUUUUGACGCCUUCUAAAGCUAGUCCAACGUCUUCUGGGAAGAUUUCGUCACCUUCCAAAGCCGCAAAGUCGUCUCCUAGAGCUACGUACAGGCCGCCCUUUAUGUACAUCAAGCCGACGUCUUCUGCAGCUUCGAUGUCGUCCGUUGGAACCUUGACGUCUUCUGAAGCGCCUGUGACAUCUUCUAGAGCGAUGUUAAUGCCUUCUACAGCUCCUACAAAGUGUUCCGAAGCCCCUACGUCUCCUAAAGUCCUGUUCUCGGUUCCCGAAGCUGACACGUCUUCUGAAGACCUUUUUUCCUCGCCUCCUGCUCUCAAGCCUUCUGGAAUCAUUUUUGCGUUUCCUACUGAUCCCUCGCCUUCUGGAGACCUGUUCACGUCUCCUCCUGCUAUCACGUCUUCUGAUGACCUUUUCACGUCUCCUCCUGCCCAAACGUCUUCUGGAGACCUUUUCACGUCUUCUGAAGCCCUUCCGACGUCGUCUAACACCGAAAAGGUCCCAUGUCCAAUCUGCAGCCUUCAACUCCCAAACGAUGACGUCAUUGUGAACCGACACGUCGACGAAUGCCUCAACAAGGGGUUACUGUACAAUGACGUCAUAAUUCCCAAAAAGACGUCAACGUCACCGAAGAAGAUGUUAAAGAAUAAAAAGGCCAAGAAAACGGUGACCAAGUCUUCGAUCGAGAAGUUCCUAGUUCGAAAACCGGUGGAAGGCGGAAAAUAAAGAAUAGUAUACUGUAUCCUACUGUAAAUGAUUGUAUAGUCUCAUUGUGAUCCUAACAUUGUACUCACCGGUGAAAUUGGAUUUUUUCUGUGAUUUUUGAUUACUUAUUGCUAGUCCCUUUUUUGAAUAAAAUUAUCCCUGGUUUUAUAAACCUUCUGCAGUCAGCCGGCUGCCUUAACAUUCACAAAUUCCACAAAAAACUCUGUUGAGACCGAUUUCCACCUGAUGACACCUUUUCCGAAGCUUACAAGUCCCUCGACGGCCCUCACCUCAGGAAGGAGAAGGCUUCCCGUUAAUUGA